AAGUGUAAGUGGGUAAAAUGUCCGCUAGGUGACGCACUGCAAACAAACUCAAGAGGUAAACUGCGUCAUUUUGAGUCGAAGAAGCUUUACCACCACGACUUUGACGUCAGGAGACUGGUGCUAGCUUGACCUUCCUUCUGCUCCGUGACAAACAGAAAGAUGGCUGGACGCAUGUUUGCAAACUGGUGGGCCAAAAUGAGUCCUUACUACACCAAAGCCUAUCAAGAAAUGUGGGUCGGUGUUGGCAUCAUGACGUACCUCUACUACAAAAUCUCCUAUGGAGGCAAGUCAAGAUUUUGCCGUUGGGGCAAACUUGCAUUCCAAACUAAGUGUGGGAAAAUGUCUUGCUGGCUGUGCAAGUUACUUUCAUGUAUUGGGAGGAGUACAUACAUAGAAAUGCAAUUUUACAUGCAUACAUGAUGUAGAAAAUAACCCUAGAAAUGUAAUGAAAUCGACCUAAAGAAGCUUUGCAGUCAUCGAAGAGGCCUGGGGUGUCAAAACUCUGAUCCUCGAGGGCCACUUCGCUGCAUGUCUUCCAUCUCUUCCUGGUGCAACACACCUGAUUCAAAUGAGCAGGGUUGUGAUCACGUUCCUGCAGAGCUGAUUAUCAUGCCCUUGCAGACCGGAGUGUGACACCCCUGAAAUAUACAAUUUUUAAUCAGAAGUAUGUCAUUGUGCUGUUGCAUCUUACGAGUGUGAAUUAGUGACAAACUUUUCAU